CCAUCCCUUCCCAUCUCAAAUUUCCAGCCCAGUUGUUUCAUCGUCUAAACCCUACUCAGUCAGUCAGUAAGUCCUGAUUUCCCUUCCUUUGUGGUUUUUUCCUUCUUCCGCUGGUCUUACUUUACAUAAAUUAAUGAUAUAUACAUAGAUUAGAUAGAUAGAGAAGAUAGUAAUAAUUAGUAUUGGAAUCUUGAAAUAGAAUUAGGAAAAUAUGGCGGUGGGGUGUUCAACAACAAUUCCCAUCACUUUACCUUUCCUUAAUUCUAAGUAUAAUAAUACUCAUCUUGGACUUUCAUCAUCAGUAUCACCACCAAACAUUUUUCAAACAAGCUUCUUUGGCAACCCUUUGACUUUGGUUGGGCCCACCACCACCAACACCAGGUUGAGAAUUUCUCCGCCUAUUCAAGCCGUUGUUAAGCGUCGAAAAGAGCUUCCUUUCGAUAAUGUUAUUCAACGGGAUAAGAAACUUAAACUUGUUUUGAGUAUUAGAAAGAUAUUGGUCUCUCAGCCUAAUCGAGUUAUGCAGCUUCGUGAUUUGGGUCGCUUUAGACGAGCUUUAGGCCUUCAAAAACGUAGACGUUUUAUCGCUAUGCUGAGGAAGUUUCCGGGUGUUUUUGAGAUUGAAGAGGAAGGUGCCUUUUCCCUUAGGUUUAAGUUAACUCCCGAGGCCGAAAGGUUAUACCUUGAAGAGAUGAAGGUUAGGAAUGAAAUGGAGGAUUUAUUAGUUGUCAAGCUUAGGAAAUUACUCAUGAUGUCUUUAGAUAAACGUAUUCUUAUCGAAAAGAUUGCUCAUCUCAAAAACGACCUCGGCCUUCCUUUGGAAUUCCGGGAUACCAUAUGCCAACGAUAUCCCCAGUAUUUUAGGGUUGUCAGAACCGAAAGGGGCCCUGCUUUGGAGCUAACUCAUUGGGAUCCCGAGCUUGCGGUUUCAUUUGCUGAGUUAGAAGAGGAAGACAAGAUAGCACGAGAAGCGGAAAAGAGGGAUUUGAUUAUUGAUAGACCACCAAGAUUCAACAGGGUCAAGCUGCCUAAGGGUCUUCAGCUCACAAAAGGGGAAAUGAGACGGAUUUCUCAGUUCAGAGACAUGCCCUUCAUUUCCCCUUAUUCGGAUUUCUCUGAAUUGAAGCCUGGUACACCUGAAAAAGAAAAGCACGCCUGUGCGGUUGUACACGAGAUGUUAAGCCUCAUGGUUGAGAAGAGAACUUUAGUCGAUCACCUUACUCAUUUUCGAGAGGAGUUUAGAUUCUCUCAACAGCUUCGAGGGAUGCUCAUAAGACACCCUGAUAUGUUUUAUGUGUCCCUCAAAGGAGACCGCGACUCUGUUUUCCUUAGAGAUGCAUAUCGUGAUUCCCAAUUAGUUGACAAGAACCGUUUGUUGAUAAUCAAAGAGAAGCUUCGGGCACUGGUUUCUGUUCAGCGUUUUAGAGGGCGUGCGAUAAAGUCUGAUUCAGAUGUUUCCGGUGAUCAAGAGGAAGAUGGAGAGGAGGAUGAGGAUUGGUCAGAUCUUGAUGAUAUAGUGAGCAGUGAAAUGGGCGAUGAUGAUGACGAUGUCGAUGAUGAUGAUGUUCAGGAUGCUGAUGACGAGGAGGAGGAUGAUGAUGACUCACCUCCUGAUUUUGAGAUAGAUGAUGUGAAUGUGAAGAGCCAUAGCAGACAAGCACAGCAAAAUGAUGAAGAAAAAAUUCUUGAGCCCGUAUUUCCUGACGGAAAGCCAAGAGAACGCUGGUAAAACUUGACAUUAUUCUGCUGUAGUAACUAAUCAAAGUCUAUCACCAUGUGAGGUUUAUCCUAUACAAGGCCGUAAGGGUGAGUUGUGAUACAGAAAAAACCACUCCUUUGUAAGGUGGAGGUCAUGGGUCUGAGUCAUCUCAUAUGGAAGAGUCUUGGAGCAAAAAGGCUCCUCCUUUGUACCAGGAAGCCAUGGUUUCUUUGUAAACAUCAUUGGAAAACUUUAUGUUAUAUGCAGUUGUUGCAAAGUCAGGUGCCAGUGAUACAUGAGGGUACCUUCUGUUUUUCAUCUUAAUGUAGUCCUAUAUUAUAACAAUGAAAUUAUAAAUUGGAUCAUUUGUGGUAA